GAACGCCGCCGGGGUUUUGGAGGGAGAGGCACCUGGCCGUCCUCGCUGCCUCUCCGCCCACCGGCCUCGGCUACCUGUCCAAGUCUCCGAUCUUUUGCAUUUCGGAAGGAAUUCCCCCCUCUCGGCGCGGAGGCUGCCCCCGGGGCCCGGAGGCCAAGGGGUGUUGGUGCCAGAAGAAGAGAAUGGUUGCCGAGAAACAGACACCAGGCUAGAGACACUCAGCCUCUUGCUUCAGGUAUUGACACCUGAGCGGGCCUGGGCAGCCCUGAUGAGCCGUGACCGUCGGGGAUCGCCCAGGGUGAUCGAAUGUGCAGCCAGAGAACCAUCCCUUUGCUGAAUCACUGUCUGCAAGUGGACGCCUUUUACGAGAACCAAACCAGACCCCAGUCUCCUAGAUAUGCUCUAGGACAACAGACGCGCAGGUUAACGCCUGAUGCACAAGUAUGAUAGCCUCCCGCCAAAGUCCUCGACGUCCCUGAGCACGCACCGUAUCUCUCAACCCUUCCCCUUCCGUCUUGGAUUCAACUUUGAGGUCUCAUCCUCUUAAUUAUUUUUUUAAAAUAUACAGCCCUACCUACGUAUGGACAUCUAUGUACAUGUAAAAUAAACGUGGACCACAGAUAAGCCAAGCCUGCGUCAGUUACCGAGAAGAUUGCCAAGAGUUUAGAGAUGUAUUUGUCAAGAUUCCUGUCCAUUCACGCCCUUUGGGUUACGGUGUCCUCGGUGAUGCAGCCCUACCCUCUGGUGUGGGGACACUACGAUGUGUGUAAGACCCAGAUUUACACAGAAGAAGGCAAAGUUUGGGAUUACAUGGCCUGUCAGCCGGAAUCCACGGACAUGACAAAAUACCUGAAAGUGAAGCUGGACCCUCCAGACAUCACCUGCGGAGACCCGCCCGAGACGUUCUGUGCAAUGGGCAACCCCUACAUGUGCAAUAACGAGUGUGACGCGAGCACCCCCGAGCUGGCGCACCCCCCCGAGCUGAUGUUCGACUUUGAAGGGAGACAUCCGUCCACCUUUUGGCAGUCGGCUACCUGGAAGGACUACCCCAAGCCUCUCCAGGUGAACAUCACCCUGUCUUGGAGCAAAACCAUCGAGCUCACGGACAACAUAGUGAUCACCUUCGAAUCGGGGCGCCCCGACCAGAUGAUCUUGGAGAAAUCUCUGGAUUACGGGCAAACGUGGCAGCCCUACCAGUACUACGCCACGGACUGCUUGGACGCCUUCCACAUGGACCCCAAGUCCGUGAAGGAUUUGUCGCAGCACACGGUCCUCGAGAUCAUCUGCACCGAGGAGUACUCCACGGGCUACACCACCAACAGCAAGAUCAUCCACUUCGAGAUCAAAGACAGGUUCGCGUUUUUUGCUGGACCCUGGCUGCGGAACAUGGCUUCGCUCUACGGCCAGCUGGACACGACCAAGAAGCUCCGCGAUUUCUUCACCGUCACGGACCUGAGGAUCCGGCUGCUGCGGCCGGCCGUCGGGGAGAUCUUCGUGGACGAGCUGCACCUGGCGCGCUACUUCUACGCGAUCUCGGACAUCAAGGUGCAUGGCAGGUGCAAAUGUAACCUGCACGCCACCGUGUGUGUAUAUGACAACAGCCGGCUGACCUGCGAGUGUGAACACAACACGACGGGCCCGGACUGUGGGAAAUGCAAGAAGAAUUAUCAGGGCCGCCCGUGGAGCCCAGGCUCGUACCUGCCCAUCCCCAAAGGCACUGCGAACACCUGUAUUCCCAGUAUUUCCAGUAUUGGUAACUGUGAAUGCUUCGGCCACUCCAAUCGGUGCAGUUAUAUCGAUCUGCUCGAUACGGUCAUUUGCGUGAGCUGUAAACACAACACUAGAGGGCAGCACUGUGAGUUGUGCAGGCUGGGCUACUUCCGAAACGCCUCUGCACCGCCCGAGGAUGAGAAUGUGUGCAUAGAGUGUUAUUGUAACCCUUGGGGCUCAGUCCAUGACCGUUGUAAUGGCUCGGGAUUCUGUGAGUGUAAGACUGGAACCACAGGGCCUAAGUGUGAUGAGUGUCUGCCGGGGAAUUCCUGGCACUCCGGCUGCCGACGUAAGUAACUCGGGGGGCUGCCCCCCUGCGCAGCAUGGCUCACCCU